ACCCCUCCCCCCAACCCGGACCCCCUCCUCUCCCGGCCUCUUCCCCGGCGGACCCCCCCCCCUUUUUUUUUUCCUCCGCGGGCCCGAGAUAUGGCAAUGGUAGUUAGCAGCUGGCGAGAUGCGCAAGAGGACGUGGCCGGGGGCGGCCCCACCGGAGCAGCUCAGCCGGGCCGGGAUCCGCAGCAAGGGGCCUCGGCGGCCCCCCACACGCCGCAGACGCCGAGCCAGCCGGGCGCUCCGUCCACGCCGGGCGACAAGGGCCAGCAGCAGCAGGGCUCGGGGCAGAGCCAGCAGCAACAGCAGCACAUUGAGUGCGUGGUCUGCGGCGACAAGUCCAGCGGGAAACACUACGGGCAGUUCACCUGCGAGGGCUGCAAAAGUUUCUUCAAGCGGAGCGUCCGCAGGAACUUAACGUACACUUGCCGGGCCAACCGGAACUGUCCCAUCGACCAGCACCACCGCAACCAGUGCCAAUACUGCCGCCUGAAGAAGUGCCUCAAAGUGGGCAUGAGGCGGGAAGCGGUUCAGCGAGGAAGGAUGCCUCCGAGCCAGCCGAACCCGGGCCAGUACGCGCUGACCAAUGGCGACCCGCUGAACGGCCACUGCUACCUGUCCGGCUACAUCUCGCUGCUGCUGCGAGCCGAGCCUUACCCGACGUCGCGCUACGGCAGCCAGUGCAUGCAGCCCAACAACAUCAUGGGCAUCGAGAACAUCUGCGAGCUGGCGGCGCGGCUGCUCUUCAGCGCCGUCGAGUGGGCCCGCAACAUCCCCUUCUUUCCGGACCUGCAGAUCACCGACCAGGUGGCCCUGCUGCGUCUCACUUGGAGCGAGCUCUUCGUCCUCAACGCGGCCCAGUGCUCCAUGCCACUGCACGUGGCCCCGCUCUUGGCCGCCGCCGGACUCCAUGCCUCGCCCAUGUCCGCCGACCGCGUGGUGGCCUUCAUGGACCACAUCCGCAUCUUCCAGGAGCAGGUGGAGAAGCUCAAGGCCCUGCACGUCGACUCCGCCGAAUACAGCUGCCUCAAAGCCAUCGUCCUCUUCACCUCAGAUGCCUGUGGCCUGUCGGACGCGGCGCACAUCGAGAGCCUGCAGGAGAAAUCCCAGUGCGCCCUGGAGGAAUACGUGCGCAGCCAGUACCCCAACCAGCCCAGCCGCUUCGGCAAGCUGCUGCUCCGGCUGCCUUCGCUGCGCACCGUCUCUUCGUCGGUCAUCGAGCAGCUCUUCUUCGUCCGCUUGGUAGGUAAAACCCCCAUCGAGACGCUCAUUCGAGACAUGCUGCUUUCUGGCAGCAGCUUCAACUGGCCUUACAUGUCGAUCCAGUGUUCCUAGAGCAGCCCCGGCCUCCCCCGCUUAGAACCCGCCACAGGCCCUGCGCUGGGCGGCCAGGUGGGGGGUCCCGAGGAGAGAGCAAAGAAAGGGACCCAUACACGCCCCACUUCCCCGAGCCCCGGGCACCCGGAAACCUCGUCCUGAAGGAAAGACUGGCGGAGGCGGGGAACUCCGGCCCGCGGAAGUGGCCAAAAGGGGCGUCUUGGUGUGUGGAACCAUCCGUGAUACUGAGGUGGGAGACUUUAAAACGAAUCCACAAAAAUAGCAAAGACCGAAGGGAUUUUCGUAUUAAACUGCCCGCCCCCCUCCAAGAAAGAGAGGAAGAGGAGGAAGAUUAGAUGGAUUUUCCCGGAUUGACCACGGACUGAAGUGAUCAACUGUACAGCAAACACACAGUUUAAGAAACGAAACUGAAGGCGAACUGACUGAAGGGGGGAAACGGGAGGGGGGUCCACAGGUAAACACUGACCAUGAACAUUGUUCUUCAUUUUGUAAAAUAUUAGUCUUUAUUUUCACUUUUUUUGUAAAAUUUAAAACAUCGUAUGCGCAUAAAGGAGAGAAAAACAACACAAGAAACAAAAAUUAGGGAGGGGGGAAAUAACGUUUUCCAAAUAAUUAUUAAAAAAAACAAGGAAUUGUUCUGUGUGUAUGUA